AUGACACGUAAUAAUAAAUCUGAGCUAACUUAUUCUCCAAGUCGUUCAACAACAAAUACAAGCUUUAAUGAUGAUAGUUUUUAUAAUUUACCUGAUCUUUCCAACUUAAAAGACAAUGAAAAACAGCAUAUAUUGAAUGUUUUAGGACGUGAUGAAAUUCUUCGUAGUAAACAUUUAUCACGUUUUAUACAAUUAAGAAAAGAAGUCAAUGAACUUGAACAACAAUCUCAACCAACAUCAACAUCUGUAUGUGCUCGAUGUCAAACACCAUUCGGUUUUAUAUUUAACACGGGUGCUACAUGUCCAAAAUGUGGUGCAAAAGUUUGUAAACAAUGUCGACUUAUGUAUAAUGUUAAUGACAACGGAUGGUUAUGCCAAUUGUGUUGUAAACAGAUGCAACUAUUGAGUUAUUCUGGUGAAUGGAUAUAUACUGGUCGAAGUAAUCUUCGUAAAGAUUCAUUAAGUGCAUCAGAAGUUAUACGCAAAACACUUUCACCCACAAUUUCCAUUACAAAUUUGAGUCAUAUAUCGAGUUCGGAUACUGAAACUGAAGAUAUUACUAGUCCAUCCAAUAGAAUAAAUUCAGCGUUUCAACAAAAUCAACUUAAUCAACAUAAUUCAAAUAAUAAUGUCAAUCGAAUGAUUGUUCAAACUAUAACCGACGAAGAAAAAUUGGAUUCCAUUAAAAAAACUGUUCAAAAACGUCCAUUUAGUAUUUCACCAACUCAACCAAUAUCUCCACGAAUUCGUCAAUUUUCACCUUCAACUAUUCUGACAGGUGGCUCGUCGGAUGAUGUUGAUUCAUUAUUUGAUCAAUCAACAAAUUAUACAGAUCGUACAUCAUUAUCAAGUAUUCGUAUGAAUACAAAUGAUCAAUAUCGAGAAAGAAGUUCAUCAACACCAAAAAGUAUUCAUUCAUUAUCAACAAACCAAAAUGAACGUAAUCAAAUAAAUAAUAAUGACAGAGGCAGACGUCCACUUGAUUGUGCAUCUGUUACAUCAUCUGAAUGGGGUGCAGAAUCAGAAAGAGGUGAAACAAAUUUACAGCCACCAGUUACUCCAAAAAAACAUGGUUCAAAACAAAGUUUAGCAUCACGUAUGCAUCUUAGUGGUUCAAUUCAAAGUAUACGUGAUGUUGUACAUCGUAUUCCAAAGUCACAACUGUCAACAUCACGUACAUCAAUAAAUUCUGAGCAAAAGCCUAAAUCUGACAUUUUAGAUACAACAUCUUCAAAAAUACCUAAUGAACAAAACAAAUCAAGUAUGUAUCCGACGUGGUCUAGUGGUUAG